AUUAAUACUUAUUCCCUUUUAGAAGGUAGAUUAUCUCACGAAACUUUAGCAUUCCCAUAUAGAAAACAUACAUAUCCAUGUGACCAUGUCUAAGGUUCUCGAGCCCCUAGAUGAAGCAAAAGUAGAAGAACAGAAACCCAUAAACCAAGAAGAAGAAGAAGUGUUGUUAGGAUCUCUGUGUACACCAACUUCAAGUGAUCACAAGAUUCCUGAGCUGGAGACUUGUCCUCCCGCGCCAAGAAAGCGACCCCGUGAGAUUCCUCUCACAAAGAUGAAAAGGUUGUCCAAAGAUCUUCGUUUCUUUGAAGCCACCGACGUGGGGAGCCACGAGGUAGAGACUUUCUUUGUUCAUAACCCUAACCAUGUCCGUAAGAAACGGAGGAGUAAUAGCGCCUGAAUCUUUGAUAUGAUUCUUUUGAACUUGUUUCUUCUUCGCUUAGACAUCAUUUUCGGUAACUUUGUAUUACCUACAAGGCUACAACUUUCACUCCGUUUGUGUACAUAACUUCUGUAUAUAUCGACCUUGUUUAUUAUGUCUUUUACAAUUUGAUGCUCGUGUCUUUCCAGAUAUUAUAAUCGAUC